AUGCAGCUGUCCGGAAAACAAGCAUUUGGAUACUCUACCUCUACAGAAUCUGAAAAGCUCAUCCCCACAUGGGAUGACUACUUUAAGCUGCGCAAGAAGCGUCGCAUGUUUGAACUUGCUGCCUACCCUCCUAGCACAAUCCUUCCUAUCAUCACCACAGGAGCAUACUGCAUGAACCUUCAGGUCGAUCCUACCGAAACCUACCUUGGCCUUGACCCAGUCACUGGUCUUGGUCUGCUUACUCUCAGCACAGGUUUCUUUGGUUUGUUGCUCGGUCCUCUCUUUGGUGAUGCUUUGUUCAAGUUGACCAACCGUAAGGUGACUGCUGAGAUGGAGGCUCGCGACAAGGCCUUUUAUGAACGUAUCAAGAAUAACCGUGCCGAUGCACGACUCAACUCUAUUCGUAACCCUGUUCCUGACUACUAUGGAGAAAAGAUCCAGUCAGUGGCUGAUUACCGGGCAUGGUUGAGAAAACAGCGCGAGCAUUAUAGAAAGGGAGUGUUUGGUGGAAGUGUAGAGGAUGAUAACUAG